CCUUUGUCAGUCGUCGCUCGUCUGUGAGUUGAGGCCCUGACUGCCUUCCCACAGAAGGAAGAGUCGUCUCUGAAGAUGAACUCAACAGGCCACCUUCAGGAUGUGCCCAACACCACCCUGCUCCACAUGCCUCACACCCAGGGAGGGAACAGUACUAGUAUCCGGGAGGGUCUCCAGGAACCGGUCCACACGGCCACCUUGGUGACCUGUACCUUUCUGCUCACGGUCAUCUUCUGCCUGGGCUCUUACGGCAACUUCAUUGUCUUCUUGUCCUUCUUCGAUCCAGCCUUCAGGAAAUUCAGAACCAACUUUGAUUUCAUGAUCCUGAACCUGUCCUUCUGUGACCUCUUCAUUUGCGGCGUGACGGCCCCCAUGUUCACCUUCGUGUUGUUCUUCAGCACAGCCAGUGGCAUACCGGACACUUUCUGCUUCACCUUCCACCUCACCAGCUCGGGCUUCAUCAUCAUGUCCCUCAAGACAGUGGCGGUGAUUGCCCUGCACCGGCUCCGUAUGGUGUUGGGGAAGCAGCCCAACCGCACGGCUUCCUUCCCCUGCACCUUGCUCCUCACUCUCCUCCUCUGGACCACCAGUUUCACCCUUGCCACCUUGGCCACCCUGAAAACCAGCAAAUCACACCUCUGCCUUCCCAUGUCCAGUCUGAUCGCCGGAGAAGGGAAAGCCAUCCUGUCUCUCUACGUGGUCGACUUCACCUUUUGUGUGGCGGUGGUCUUCGUGUCCUACGUCAUGAUUGCUCAGACACUGCGGAAGAACGCUCAAGUCAGAAAGUGCCCGGCUGUGAUCACCGUUGACGCUUCCAGACCACAGCCUUUCAUGGGGGCCCCUGUGAAGGGAGGUGGUGAGCCCAUCCAGUGUACCAUGCCGGCUCUGUACAGGAACCAGAAUUACAACAAACUGCAGCACGUUCAGACCCACGGAUACACCAAGAGUCCCAAGCAGCUGCCAACCCCUGCAGCCAGCCGGCUCCAGCUGGUGUCGGCUGUCAAUCUGUCCACGGCUAAGGACUCCAGGGCGGUGGUCACCUGUGUGGUGAUUGUGCUCUCUGUCCUGGUAUGCUGUCUUCCGCUGGGCAUUUCCCUGGUGCAGGUGGUUCUGUCCAGCAAUGGGAGCUUCAUCCUUUACCAGUUUGAACUGUUGGGGUUUACGCUUAUAUUUCUCAAGUCAGGAUUAAACCCUUUUAUAUAUUCUCGGAACAGUGCAGGGCUGAGAAGGAAAGUGCUGUGGUGCCUCCAGUACAUCGGCCUGGGUUUUUUCUGCUGCAGACAGAAGACCCGACUUCGUGCCAUGGGAAAAGGGAACCUCGAAGUCAACAGAAACAAAUCCUCCCAUCAUGAAACGAAUUCUGCCUACAUGUUGUCUCCAAAGCCCCAGAAGAAAUUUGUGGACCAGGCCUGUGGCCCAAGUCACUCCAAGGAAAGUGUGGUCAGUCCUAAGAUGUCUGCUGGACAUCAGCACUAUGGUCAGAGCAGCUCUACCCCCAUCAACACUCGGAUUGAGCCGUACUACAGUAUCUACAACAGCAGCCCAUCCCAGGAAGAGAGCAUCCCACACAACUCGCAGCCAGUAAACUCCUUUGGGUUUGCCAAUUCAUAUAUAGCCAUGCAUUAUCACACCACUAAUGAUUUGAUGCAGGAAUACGACAGCACAUCGGCCAAGCAGAUUCCGGUCCCCUCUGUUUAG